AUGGCCCCGCGAGAGGUUUACAGACGGGUCAGAACUGAUGAAGGCGAUGAAAGAAAGCCCCAGUGCCGGCACUGCGAAGUUGGACACCGUGAUUGUGAAUAUGAAUUCCUCGACAACUCGUCCCACCAUGAGGACGGCAACAGGUUGUUCCACUUCUCAGCAGACCACGUCUGGUUAAAAACGCCGCCAGAAAUUAGAUUCGUUCACUCUGUUGACGUCUGCAAUGGCGAUGAUGAUGAGCACAACGCAACCGUGCCAUCGCCAUCUCAGUCAUUCAAUUCGGGAAUCGCUCAGAGUCCCCUCACUCAGUCGUCCAAUGAGCCACAGAAUAUGCCGCUGGCACAUUUGGGAAGAGACGAUGCAGUGUCAAUAUUAAGCUCCAAACUUUCUCGCGAUGCGGCCGGCCUUGCGUCUCCUCACUCCGUAACAAGUGUCGCCAGCAUGGAAACUACAAUCCUCAGGCGGACUUCUGGCUCAGCCAUCUAUACUCAAGGCCCAACGAAGCCACUUGAAGAUCCCCUGAUUGCCCGACUGCUUCGCCACUAUAUCAACAACUUGGCUUGCUGGCUCGAUGUCAAUGACUCACAGCGGCAAUUCGAGACGUUUGUUCCAUAUCUUGCGAUGAGCUGUCCCAUACUGCUUUUUGCCGUCCUUGCCUUUUCAGCGUGCCAUCUGAACCGAGUGGAUGGAUCUUGUGACGAACUCUGCGCUGUUCAUUACCAUGACUUGAGUGUUCAAGGCCUCAUACCAGCGCUGGCGGAUUCAAGCACUACCCUUGACAACGUACUGCCGAUAUCAACUGUUAUCCUUCGAAUGUACGAAAUGAUGAGCCACGAAACGGAUUACCAGCGUCAUUUACGGGGCUGUUCGUCGCUCUUCACCCACAAUCGAAAGAACAUUGGCUAUCGGGCGCUGAAAAGGACGGCCUUUUGGACCUAUUUUCGAGAAGAGAUUAUGGUUGCUCUUGCGACAGGAAAGCCCACGGCAACUCGCCCCCGCAACUGGAAGGUCGACAUUACGUGGGGAGGAGACACCGACCAUAUCCAGACGCCAACAAUGCGAGCAGCUGGGAUGAGCUGCAAACCGAAGCAGACUCAUGGAAAGACUCGCUGCCAGAUGAGCGACACCAUCCGCCUAUCAGUACUUUCUGUCAUCAUGCUCACAUUGCCAGUCGUCGCCAUGCAAUUUUACCACCUGGUCAAAGUGCUCCUGGCACUUCAUAAUCCACAUCGUCCAAACGGCAUUGGGUUCUUGCAGUUUGCCAGAAACAUUGAAGGAGAAAUUCUGCAGCAUACCAUUCAGCUCUGCGGCAUGACCAAGGCCCUGGGUGAUAGGUAUGCUGGCGCCCUUGUGAAUGCAGUGCAGCCUCUCGUUGUUUGUUACGACGUUAUCGACGACCCAAGGCGUCCGAUCACUACAGGAAGCCUGGAGUGCACAUGUACAGCCAUGAUUUGA